AAACGUACGGGUUAGAUUAUCUGGGAUUGAAGAAGACGACAUAUUAUCGGGUUUCGUCUUGUCAAGUGUUGUAAAACCGAUAGCUGCUGUCACUGAAUUUACAGCCCAGCUGCAGAUCCUUGAGUUGCUUGAAAAUGCUAUUUUUACAGCUGGAUAUAAGGCUGUGUUGCAUAUUCAUUCUGUUGUUGAAGAAUGCGAGAUAGUUGAGCUACUACAGGAGAUUGAUCCAAAGACAAAGAAACCCAUGAAAAAGAAAGUUCUUUUUGUGAAGAAUGGUGCUGUUGUUGUGUGUCGCAUUCAGGUGAACAACUUGAUUUGCAUUGAGAAGUUCUCAGAUUUUUCAUAACUUGGGAGAUUCACUCUUCGUACUGAAGAAAACCCGUUGCAGUUGGCAAAGUCACCGAUCUUUUCUUCAAGUUAAAGCUUUAGCACCAGAUAUUGCACACCAAAGUUUCCUUCUUCCUACUAUGUUACAUGUUAAGGUAGAAACUAAGACAAGUUUCUCUCUUCUUAUAUCAUUCCCACUUGAGAGAGAGAGGCAAAAGCAAAGCUUAGAAAUGGAAGAAUCAUUUCCCAUGACUGGUGGAGAUGGCCCCUACAGUUAUGCAAAGAAUUCCAAACUUCAGAAAGAAGCAGCAGUUAAGGCAAAAUCAGUAAUAGUUGAAGCAAUUAUUGAAAAGCUUGAAGUAGAGGAUACAACUUCCAUUGCAAGCACAUUUCGAAUUGCCGAUUUAGGCUGUUCAACGGGACCUAACACAUUCUUUUCUGUGAAUACAAUUAUAGAAGCUGUAACCCACAAGUACAAAACCAAAGGGCAUACUAGCCUGCCUGACUUCCAGGUACACUUCAAUGAUCAUGUUUCCAAUGAUUUCAACAUGCUCUUUAACAGUCUUCCUCCAGGCCGUCAGUACUUUGUAUCGGGAGUUCCUGGUUCCUUUCAUAGCAGAUUGUUUCCAAAAGCAAGUCUCCAUUUUGUCUGCUCUGCCUAUGCUCUUCAAUGGCUUUCAAGGGUACCGCAGGAGUUAAGUGACAUCAAUUCACCUGCAUAUAAUCGUGGGAGGAUUUUUUAUUCAAAUGCACCAAACGAAGUUGGCAAGGCUUAUACAGCUCAGUAUGCAAUGGACAUGGAGCGUUUCUUAGCUGCUCGAUCAAAAGAGAUAGUCCCUGGAGGAUUAAUGGCCCUUCUGAUUCCAGGACGCCCAGAUGGGACACUUCCAGCAGAAUCAUCAAUUGGCCCCAUCUUCCAGACCUUGGAAUCUUGCCUCGUGGAUAUGGCAAAUGAGGGAAUAAUUAAUAAAGCUAAAAUCGAUUUAUUCAACUUGCCUAUGUACUGCCCAUCCCCUGAAGAGCUAAGACAACUCAUACAGAAAAAUGGGAGUUUUAGCAUAGCGAGAUUGGAAAGCAACACAGGUGCAGGCCGCAAACAGUUGUGUGGAGCAGGUGAGUGUAGAUCUGGGUUAGAGAACAUCAUCGUAGGACACUUUGGGAGUGAUAUAGUAGAAGAAUUAUUUGAGCGAUACACCAAGAAAAUUGCAGAACUCCCUCCCCUUGGCACUGGUGAAACAAGUGGAAUUGGAUUAUGCAUCAUCCUCAAACGCAACCACUGAUGAGAAAUCUGCUCUCUGCUUGCUUCAUCUAUUUCACUUCUAUGCAUGAUUGAUUUAAUUCAAGCUGCUCCUUUGGGCCAUAUUCAUACAUCCUUUGCCUUGUUGUUUUUUUUCCUCGUUUCUGGAUUUUCUUCUGUUGCAACUUUGCUAAGACAAGCACACAAUAUUAGAGAUGUACUGUUCUUCUGUGAUGUAUAAUAUAGGCUUGUUUUGCUUA